AUGGACAAGAAGGUAGAGAAGGAGCUGCAGGAGGCACAGGACGACAUAAAAGACGCCCUUGACGCGGAAAGGGAUCGCUCCGCCUCGAUUUCCUCCCUGGAGAAACAGUCCGUGGCUCUGGACUCGUCUCUUGCAGGCCUGCAGGAGGAGUCUCAUCGGGCAAAAAACAGGCUCUGGAGAAAGAGCAUUAUGUGGGUGGCAUUUGCUUGUGUUCUGGUCCUUGUUCUUGGGGGGAUUGUCUUCCUGUACGUAUACAACCAGAUAAAGCAGGCCUUUUUCUCCUGA